AUGGAGAAGCUGAGAAAGAAAAUCAUUACUGAGCAAUCCAACCCCGGUGCCAUCAAGGGGGGUCACCCUGACUUGGCCCCUGUUCACUCAGGAUUAUUAAACACCAGGAGGCCAGCUCCCUGCCCAAGCCCAUCAUCUCUGUGUGUUUUCCUCACAGGCGUCUGCUAUGCAGAGUUUGGUGUCCGAGUCCCCAAGACCACGGGGUCUGCCUACACCUACAGCUACGUCACUAUUGGGGAAUUUGUGGCAUUUUUCAUUGGCUGGAACCUGAUCCUGGAGUACCUGAUUGGCACUGCGGCCGGCGCCAGCGCCCUGAGCAGCAUGUUUGAUUCGCUGGCCAACCACACCAUCAGCCGCUGGAUGGUGGACAGCGUGGGCACCCUCAACGGCCUAGGGAAAGGUGAAGAGUCAUACCCAGACCUUCUGGCCCUGCUAAUUGCCGUCAUCGUGACCAUCAUUGUGGCCCUGGGGGUGAAGAAUUCUGUGGGCUUCAACAACGUCCUCAAUGUGCUGAACCUCGCGGUGUGGGUGUUCAUCGUGAUUGCCGGCCUCUUCUUCACCAACGGGAAGUACUGGGCUGAAGGCCAGUUCUUGCCCCACGGUUGGUCAGGGGUGAGCAUGAUCUUAACUCUGAUGGUGCCGUACUACGCCAUUGACACGGAAUCGCCACUCAUGGAAAUGUUUGUGGCCCACGGAUUCUAUGCUGCGAAGUUCAUAGUAGCCAUCGGCUCGGUCGCAGGACUGACUGUCAGCUUGCUGGGCUCCCUCUUCCCAAUGCCCCGGGUCAUUUAUGCCAUGGCUGGUGAUGGGCUCCUUUUCAGGUUCCUGGCCCACGUGAGCUCCUACACGGAGACGCCAGUGGUGGCCUGCAUCGUGUCGGGGUUCCUGGCAGCCCUUCUCUCGCUGCUUGUCAGCCUCAGAGACCUGAUCGAGAUGAUGUCCAUCGGGACGCUCCUCGCCUAUACCUUGGUCUCUGUCUGUGUCCUGCUCCUUCGGUACCAACCCGAGAGUGACAUCGACGGCUUCGUCAAGUUCUUGUCUGAGGAGCACACCAAGAAGAAAGAGGGUGUCCUGGCUGACUGUGAGAAGGAGGCCUGCUCUCCAGGGAGCGAGGGGGACGAGUUUUCUGGCCCCGCCACUAACACGUGUGGGGCCAAGAACUUACCGUCCCUGGGAGACAACGAGAUGCUCAUUGGAAAGUCAGACAAGUCAGCCUACGGCGUCAACCACCCCAACUACGGCACCGUGGACAUGACCACAGGCAUAGAAGCCGAGGAAUCCGAGAACAUUUAUCUCAUCAAGCUGAAGAAGCUGAUCGGGCCCCGUUACUACACCCUGCGGAUCCAGCUGGGCCUUCCGGGCAAGAUGGACCGGCCCACAGCAGGGACGGGGCACACGGUGACCAUCUGCGUCCUCCUGCUCUUCAUCCUCAUGUUCAUCUUCUGCUCUUUCAUCAUCUUCGGCUCUGACUACAUCUCGGGGCAGAGCUGGUGGGCCAUCCUCCUGGUUGUUCUCAUGGUGCUGCUGAUCGGUGCCCUGGUGUUCGUGAUCCUGCAGCAGCCAGAGAACCCCAAGAAGCUGCCCUACAUGGCCCCCUGCGUCCCCUUCGUGCCUGCCUGUGCCAUGCUGGUGAACAUCUAUCUCAUGCUGAAGCUCUCCACCAUCACGUGGGUCCGGUUUGCCGUCUGGUGCUUCGUGGGUAUGCUCAUUUAUUUUGGGUACGGCGUCUGGAACAGCACCCUGGAAAUCAGCGCCCGCGAGGAGGCCCUGCACCAAAGCACGUACCAGCGCUACGAUGUGGACGAUCCCUUCUCAGUGGAGGAAGGCUUCUCCUACGCCACAGAGGGCGAGAGCCAGGAGAACUGGGGUGGGCCGGCCGAAGACAAAGGCUUCUCCUACCAACAGAUGUCAGAGGGGAAGACAAGCGGCCGGGCAGGCAGCAAAGCCAAGAGCAAAAGCAAACACAGACAGAACUCGGAGGCCCUGAUCGCAAACGAUGAGCUGGAUUACUCUCCAGAGUAG